AUGAAAACAAUUGAUGAGGUAAGCAUAGAAGGGAAAAGUGUAUUCCUUCGGGUGGAUUUCAAUGUUCCGAUUUCAAAUUUAGUAGUUUUGAAUGACUUCAAAAUAGCUUCUGUUCUACCAACAAUCAAGUUUCUCCACUCUAAAGGCCCCAAGAAGGUAAUAAUUGGAAGUCAUUUGGGAAGGCCUAAAGGGAAGUAUUCCAAAGAGUUUUCUCUCAUUCCGGUGUACUCUGUACUAAAGAAACUUCUCGGGAAAGAGAUUGGAGUUGAGUUGGCCUUCUGUGACAUAUGGGAUGUUGAGAAUACACAUCACACAUGGAUAUUACUGGAAAACCUGAGGUUUUGUAGUGCAGAGGAAAGAGAAGACGAUAGGGAUCUUGUCGAAAGAUACAGAAAUGCAUUUAUAAAGAACAUGGACAUUGCUGUAAUAGAUGCAUUUGGGUGUUUGCAUAGAGAAUGUGGAUCUAUACAAAGGACUGGACUGCCUUCAUACUCUGGAUUUUUGGUUCAAAAGGAAAUAGAUUCAAUAAGAGAGAUCGCCGAGGAAAAUAUAGAUCUCAUGAUACUAGGAGGAAAGAAGAUAUCGGAUAAGAUUAAGCUGCUCAAAUCGCUAGGACAACGAACCAAAAACUUAUUUGUUACUGGAGGGCUAGCUUUCCCAUUUAUCAAGUACAUAUUAGGAAAGGAGGUUGGGGACAGUGUCUGUGAGGAGGUUUCCAAAGAAGAAGUGAAGAAGAUACAUGAAAUCUGUGAGUCUCAUGGAACAAGAAUGCUUUUUCCUGUUGAUUUCACAGUUCUUCACAACGGGAGAGUACAGAAAUCUAGAACCAUACCUUCCGAAGGAACUGCAAUGGACAUAGGGCCUGAAACGAUAGAAAUGCUGAAAAAAGAGGUUUCAAGGGCGAAUGUAGCUUUCUGGAAUGGGCCUCCGGGUGUAUUUGAAGAGAAAAACUUCUCAGAUGGAACAAGAGCCUUAGUGAAUAUUCUAGAGAGCUUAAAAAAGAGAGGGGGGAAAUCCUUCUGUGGAGGGGGAGAAACAGCAGGUGCAAUCAAAUUAUUUGGUAACUACGAUGGCUUUACUUACGUAUCCACUGGAGGAGGUGUACUGAUGAAAUUGCUAAGUAAUGAGAAACUUCCUGGAUUGGAUUUCCUAUCGAACCAGUCUUGA